AUGGACAAUGUAACAAUAACAGGCAUACACGAAAUCUUACGUACUUAUCAAAAAAUCACCUCAUCACAACCUAUACAUUGGAGAACACAUAAACGUGCCGUGAUUACUAGAUACUCAUUGGAUUAUAUAUCAUCUUCUUAUCGAGAAAAUCAGUAUUGUCCCCCACCACCUACCGAUCCCUCUGCUUAUGAAAAGGAAAUGUUUAUUGUCGAACUGAGUCAUCUACAUACAAUUUACGAACGAAUCGUUUAUUCUUUGGUGUCUUUUCCACAUUCUGGUGAUAGUAAUCCUAUGAUUUAUGAAAUGGUGGACCGACUAGCUGAUGAUAUGGAAUUGAUUGAUGAUUCUCCUGUGGAAUUACGAAAUUAUAUUGAAAUGUUGAAUCGUGCCACUCAACGAACAUUCAAUUCAUCAAGGAUUACACGACAUUUAUUUCAUGCUCUUGUACGAUUGGGUGAUUUCAAAGAAGCAGAACAUGCACUUACGUCUUAUUUGUACUUGGUUGGACUUCAAUCGCAAGUGACAAGGGAAACCAAGGAUUGGGGAGAUGCCAUUACUAUUGAUAAACAUGGACGUGCAUCAACAAUACCAUUUAUGAAUGAAUCUCUUUUAAAACAACUAGCUGAAGAUGCUUUAUCGGAAUCUAUGCUAUACACGGACAAGAGGUACGACCAUGAAUCUGUGGAAUCUAUAGUGAACGUAUUGAUUGCCGGUGUUCGGAUGUAUUGCAAAUAUCUAAGAAAAGGAACUGAAGCCGUGGAAUUGGCGGAAUUGGCGAAAAUUGUACUUGAAGUCACUGGUGCCAACAAUAUCAUUGGAUCUAGACUUGGUGGAAUUGUCUAUCGAUAUCUCGGUGUUGCUUAUGGACUCAUGGCUAGUGACACCACAGAUCCAGAAAUACGACCUACAUAUCAUGAACUGGCAAAAAAGUAUCUUCAACAAUCAAUUACUUUGGAUGAUAAAGCUUGGGAAACACACUAUCAGCUUGCAAAACAAUUGGCGGAAAUGCGUGAUAUCACAGAUGCUUUUCAAUCAGUGGCCAAAUCAUUAGAAAUCAAUCCUAAUCACCUUCCUUCAUGGCAUUUACUGGUUCUCCUUUAUUCAUGUCCAAAACAAGAUGAUGUAUUCAAGGCUCUCAAAGUGUGUGAAUUAGGAUUGGAUGAAGCAAAGUCUCUACAAUUGGAAUGGGCUGACGAUAGUGAAGGUUACGAACAACAAUUACUUCUCAAAUUGACACAUAUGCUUUUAGUAGAAAUAGCUCAAGGUACAGAAGCAGCUUUGGUUUGUCAAGAGGAAGUCUUCUCAAUGUAUGGCAAACUAACAAUGAUGGAUCCUGAAAUGACAAGCAGUGGUAGUGAUACUGAUGGUGGUGUAGGAGGAUCUGAUAGUUUUACAUCUCGACGGGAAUUGGUAGUAUCCGGCUCUUUGGGUAAUAUCUGUGAUACUGGAAAUACAACAAAUAAUCUUUCACAACCAACAGGAGGAGAGGCAUCACUUACAGUACCAACAGAACAACCAGUCUCCUCUUCUUCCAAUGGUAUAACUACAAUCAAUUCAUCAUUAUCAUCAACAUCAAUGCAACAACCAUUGAAAUCAACAGUCAAUGCAACACGAACAAGUGAUCCUAGUGGACAGUCUAGUAUGCCUUCGGAAAAAACAAAUUCUCAUCAAAAUAUUAGCAAUGGUAGAAAAGCAUUGGUUGGAUAUCCUGUAUCAUUAUCAAAAAAAGAAUCAUUAACAUCAUUUCAUAGCGUUUCAACCUCUUUGCCAAGUAAUCAAUCCAUAUUUCAAUCAACAAUUCCAAGAAAACCACAAUGGACAAAAUUACGUCGGCAUCAAAUUCAACAUAUCUUAUGUCUUCUUUGGAUGACAUCAGCUGGAACAUUUUUAAGACAAGGGCGAUUGGAUGAAGCAUUAAAGGCGGUGGAAGAAGCAGAAAAGGUGAAUUGGACAAGUGAACCUCAUGUUUGGUGUCUCCUUGGUCAAGUCCGAUUGGGCCAAUCACGUCAAGAAGAAGCAAUUGAGGCGUUCCAAAAAGGUUUGGUGGCGGAUCCAAAUGAUACUUUAUGUAGAUUGUGGCUAGCCAAGACAUUUAUGGAAAUGGGUGACUUGGUAGUAUCUGAAGGAAUAUUGAAUAAUCUUACAAGAGGAAAAGGUUGGAAUCAUCCUGAAGCUUGGUAUCAUCUUGGAGAUUUAUAUAAUAAGACGAAUCGAAUGGAAAGAGCUAAAAAUUGUUUAUUUUACGCAUUAGAAUUAGAAGAUACAGAACCUAUUCAACCUUUCUCCAUUUUACCCCGAUGUAUUUAG